AACAAAGAGUUGCCUCCCAUACGGUUAUCAGCAACAAUUACGGUGACACUGCAAUUCCCGAUGUCAACAACUAGGUGUGUGGGUGUUACACCUUUUAACCUUACAAACUUGCUUGUCAUUCAGUUCAAAUAUCCACUGCCGGAUUUGCUGACAGACGAAGGAGCGCUUAUUUAUAAGCACUGUGGGAUUUUUCUGAUGUGCAAAGGGCGAACCGAAUGAGAUUUGCUGUCAUUCUAACCUGUCGGGUGUUGUCCAUCGGCUUCGUGUCCCUCGCAGUAGCGCAACACAUCAUCGCUAGCAGUUCCAGCUGCCCACGGACAGCAAUGUCAUCACAGAAGCAACCAGUUUUAUUCUUGUCACACGGAGGCGGGCCGUCGUUUUUCUUGAGCGCCAGUGACUCGCCGUUUCUUUCUGGCAUGGAUAAAGAUUCUGAUGCCGCCAGAUACUUACGAGAACUUGCCCAAAAGGAAAAGCUGAAUUCGCAUAAAGCAGUAUUAGUUGUCAGUGCCCACUGGGAAGAGAGUGAUGUUACCAUUCAGACCACAAAGAAACCAGACCUUUAUUUCGAUUAUUAUGGGUUUCCACCAGAAACAUAUAAGCUUACAUGGCCAGCAGUUGGCGCUCCAGAUCUUGCAAAGAAAAUCCAGAAUCUACUGGAAUGUAAAGGAAUAAAAUGUAAGACCAACAGUGAGAGAGGAUAUGACCAUGGUGUGUUUGUGCCAUUCAAGUUGAUAUUUCCAGACCCAAAAGUACCAGUGUUCCAGUUAUCUCUGGAUUCAAGCCUAGACCCAGAGGUCCAUCUGCGGCUAGGAGAGGCUUUACAGGAGCUUCGAGAGGAGGGAAUACUAAUUGUUGGGAGUGGCUUCACCACUCACCGUAUGAGACCCAGUUCAGAUCCAGAUUAUGGAAAGAAAAUGCAGGAGUGGCUCCACAAUGUGUUGACAAACCCUCAGCUGACACCCAGCGAGCGACGCAAAAUUUUAGUGACAUGUGAUCAUCUUCCAGCAGUGCAGGAAGCACAUCCACGGACAGAGCAUCUUUUGCCUUUCCUGGUCACCAUGGCAGCAGCAGAAUAUAAUUCUGGAAGAAUCCUGUUUUCUGCUUCACUUCACAGCGGUUGGGUCCUGGAGCAUUAUAUUUUUGAUAGUUAAAGUACUUGCUUUGAUCUCUCAACAUGAACUCUUGACAUGGAUUUUGUUUUCAGAUUUCUGUAACUAAUUCUUUAAGUCAAAGAAUGUUAUUGCUUCAGAUGUAUUCAAAAAGUGCACAGUAAUGUUGACAAACUGUUUAUGUAAGCAGUUUUAAAACUGAUUAUUGAAUGUUAACAGACAUCAGUUUAUAUUUAUUUGCAGAAAUUAAUUGGCUGUUUGUGAUAAAAACAAUGUUGACAUUCUCUAUAAAAUUCACAAUUUUUAAUAAUUACAAAAAUGAAAUUAAAUGCCUGUGAUAUAAUCAAGUUUUUUAAGUAAUUCUACAUGAAAGUAGACCACACUAGCCUCUAAUAAGCCUUAAGUUUCUAGAAAAAAGUGCAAUAUCGUUCCUCCAUUUCAAUGAAGAAAUACUUUAAAAUGCCAUACAAAAUUUUGACGAUACCAUAAAUAUGAAUGAUGAAGAUUAUGGCUCACUGUGUCACUAAUUCUAUGGAUAUUUAAAUGUUUGAGGAUGUUUCCUCCAUUCUGGGACCACAGUUUUUACAAUUUGUGUAAACAGUACAAUUAUGGAUGAUUACAAGGAUGAUUAUUGUGUCUGUAGUUGAGGAUGUUUUAUUCACUCUGGGAUUCGAUACUUAAGUUCCUAAAAGCAAAUUAUCAGAGACACUAAUGAAAAACAUUGUCAUGAUACUGGUAUGGUAAAUUAUUUUUGUUUAUGUGUUAUCUUUGACUUAUAUGAGAUAUAUAUCUGUACACAGACAUUUACAACAGAAUAAUUUGUACUGAGUGACCUCAGAAAGUUCUUCCUCUGCCAAGAAUCAGCUCUGAAAGUAAAAAGUAAUCUGAUAAACUUUACAACUUAUUAAGCACUAUUCUUGCCAUAUGGGAAAACAAUUGCCAAAGUAAAUUGACCAAAAAAAACAAACAACCGAAUUAAUGAAACAGAUAAAGAAAUAUUGGGGAAGCAGAAGCCCAGUGGUUAGAGCAUUUAAUAGCAAGAUCUGGAGGCUAGCCAGCUUGUUGUAAGCUGUGUGAUGCAGUAUGCUUCCCCCAGUUGAGCUAGCUGUGGAUCAUUUUCAUGUCCUGGAUACCCGACCUGGGCUAGAGAGGGUAAGGCAGCAAGGGAGAGAUGAGAACCAGCCUCACAAAAAUGAUAGCCCUGAGAAAUGUGAGUUUGUAACAAGUUGCUGUUCCUCUGAUUUGAUUUAUAUAACGCAUUGGAUAGUGUUGCUGUUUAUUUUAUUGGGAAAAUGUUGAUGGAUGUUACUUAGCUAUUUGGUAUGAGCCAUCCCAACUCAUGAAUGAGCAGGACUCUUCUUGGAAUGGCAAAACCCCCAGAAACAAGGGGAGGUGACAACCUCACUUAUGUCAGAAUACAUUCUUGUACUUUAAGAAUGGAAAUGCAAAAAGCGGGCAUGUUGUAAUACUGCAUCAACUUUUUAUAUUUAUGCAGAUUCCCAUCUAGUAUUUCUUCUGUGAGCUUGAUUUCAUAAAGUGACAUAAAUACUGUUUUUGUUCCCAGUCUUAGCCUAUUGGUGUGAUUGAGUGUGUAUGCAAGUGAUUAACAUGGCAUUUUUUUGUGAAGCUAAUUAAUUAUAAAGUUCCUGCAAUAACGAUGCUUUCUGUGGUGUUAGUUAUAUUUGCUAAUGGGCAGAAUUGAUGUUACGAACAAUUUUGUAAAAUAAAGGCAUAAUU